UGUGAGAGAAAGAACGCAGACACAGAGAGAAAGAGAGAGAGAGAGAGUCGAUUGAGGAAGGAAGCAGUUAACAUGGGACAGUCGAACACUGAGACCGUACACUCACCACUGGUCACUUAUGUUUCCAUGAUUUCUCUACUCACUCUCUGUCCUCCUUUUGUCAUUCUCCUAUGGUAUACAAUGACAGUUGCUGAUGGAUCAAUUUUAAAGACAUGGGAUUACUUGAUGAAGCAGAAUGGCUUCAUACAACAUGUAUCUGUAUGGCCUAAACCCACUGUUACAGCUUGGAUUAUCAUCGCCGUCUAUGCUGCAUUUGAAGCAGCUCUUCAGCUUCUUCUCCCUGGUCAAAGGGUCGAGGGUCCUAUUUCUCCUACUGGCAACCGACCUGUUUACAAGGCUAAUGGUGUCGCUGCAUAUUUAGUCACGCUGAUUACUUAUCUUGCCCUUUGGUGGUUUGGGAUAUUCAACCCUAUAAUUGUUUAUGAUCAUUUGGGAGAGAUAUAUUCAGCACUCAUCUUUGGGAGCUUUGUCUUUUGUAUUUUCUUAUACAUAAAAGGUCAUUUGGCACCAUCUUCUACUGAUUCUGGCUCAUCUGGGAACAUCAUCAUUGAUUUUUACUGGGGUAUGGAGCUCUAUCCGCGCAUUGGAAAAUAUUUUGAUAUAAAAGUUUUCACAAACUGCAGAUUUGGAAUGAUGUCGUGGGCUGUUCUUGCACUGACCUAUUGCAUAAAGCAGUAUGAAGAAACUGGGAAAGUAGCUGACUCAAUGCUUGUAAAUACUACAUUAAUGCUGAUAUAUGUUACCAAGUUUUUCUGGUGGGAAGCUGGAUAUUGGAACACAAUGGAUAUUGCACAUGAUCGAGCUGGAUUUUAUAUUUGCUGGGGCUGCUUGGUGUGGGUUCCAUCUGUGUAUACAUCUCCUGGAAUGUACCUUGUCAACCAUCCUGUAAAUCUUGGCACCCAGCUAGCGCUCUUUAUUUUAGUGGCUGGCAUUCUUUGCAUAUAUAUCAACUAUGAUUGUGACAGGCAAAGACAAGAAUUUCGUAGGACAAAUGGAAAAUGCUCAGUCUGGGGAAAAGCUCCAUCAAAGAUAGAGGCCUCCUAUACCACUACUUCUGGGGAAACAAAAAGAAGCAUUCUUUUAACCUCUGGAUGGUGGGGAUUAUCUCGUCAUUUUCAUUAUGUCCCUGAAAUACUGGCUGCUUUCUUCUGGACAGUACCAGCUCUUUUCAAUCAUUUUUUACCUUACUUCUACGUGAUAUUUCUUACCAUUCUUCUCUUCGAUCGAGCAAAAAGGGAUGAUGAUAGAUGCAGAUCCAAGUAUGGCAAGUACUGGAAACUGUAUUGCGACAAGGUACCUUACCGAAUCAUUCCAGGAAUAUACUGAAGAAUGAUUUUUGACGAAGGCUUGAGAACAUCUCAAUUUCAGAAGUAUAAAGCAAUAGAAUUGAGAACAUCUCAAUUUCACAUGGCAGUGUUACUAAAAGACACAAAUCAAAAGAUUGUUUCUAUUCAUGUUAUCGACAAUAAUCAAGAUAUGUGGUAGACUUUCGCUGAGAAUUAAAUUAUUGAACCAGUUUUCUUAAGCAAAUGUUGUGACUUCGAUUUCAGCUGUAGCUGUGUUUGUAUUUGUAUAUAACGUCAAUCGACUCUUUAUU